CGCUGCCGUUUUCAUCCCACUAAAAUCUUGAACCCUACUGCCUUGUUUUAGAAUUGCCAGUUGCCUUCAGUUCUCCCUCCAACUGAGCCCUUGAAGCAGAGAAGAAAUGGCUUCUACAGCAGCUUCAGAUGACUCCAAAUGGGAAUUUAGCUGUGACUUUGAAAUAGAUUAUGAGUCUGAGGAGAAUGCUUCCAUGAUCUUUGCGGCAUUAGCUGUUGAUAAGGAGUUGCAGCCAGAUAAAGUAAAAAGGCAGAUGUCAGUUGCUAAUGGCAAACUUUCAGUACACUUCGAGGCAGUUGAAGCUAGGUUUCUUCGUGCAUCAUUUUCUGCCUUUGCGGAUGUGCUUACACUUGCAACAAAAACAAUUGAACAGUUUGGUCAAGGAAUGGAUUGUCACGCUUAAUGAUACUUGGAUCACCAGUUGUGAUGCUUCAUUAGCAAAUUGAGCUCAAGUUCAAUCAGCAAUCUGCUAUUGUGGUUUACGCUAAGUAUGAUUUGUAAUUUAACUUCUGAGAUCACGUACCCCUAGCGAUGUAUGUCUGUGGAGACUUGUAGUGUUAGUUUACACUCUUAGGCCAUUGGCUCCAAGAAGUUAGAAUCAUAGGAAAGCUUUGUAAGAUUCUUGUUAUAUUUAUGGUGGCAAUUUGUUGAACUCAUUCAUUCA